UUUUGGUCUUCUGCUUUGUGCUUAAUGUGAAAGUAGUUAUCCUUAGUGUAGAUGUUUCCAAAAGGGGUGCCUUGGGUUCGUUAUUAUGGUAUUUACAAAGAUAUCCAUAUCAAUUUUGUAUGGCCUGGAAAAGAUUCAAAUCUGGGGGUUGAUAGCAUAGGCACAGUUUCUGCAUCUCUUGUGACAUAUGCUGCCAUCCAAGCAUUACAGCCAGAUUUAAUCAUCAAUGCAGGCACUGCUGGUGGCUUUAAGGCAAAAGGUGCAUCUAUUGGUGAUGUAUACCUUGUAAGUGAUGUUGCUUUCCAUGACAGAAGAAUCCCUAUCCCUGUUUUUGAUCUGUAUGGAGUAGGUUUGUUGCAGGCUUACUCAACGCCUAAUCUGCCGAAGGACCUUAACUUAAAGGUUGGCAAAUUGUCUACUGGAGACUCUUUGGACAUGUCCCCUCAGGACGAAGCAACAAUAAUUGCAAAUGAUGCUUCAGUUAAAGAUAUGGAGAUAAUGUUGAAAAACAUCGAGUCAUGGUAUCCCUGCCAUCGAAUGGACAGUGUUAACGGACUUUAGUGUCUUACAGAUUAGAUAUUUAAGCUGAUGCAGUUGAUAUUAUUAAGGGAGCUGCAGUUGCUUAUGUUGCUGAUCUUUUAAAAGUCCCUGCAAUAUUUGUAAAAGCAGUGACUGAUAUUGUGGAUGGUGAUAAGCCAACCGCAGAGGAAUUCCUGCAGAAUUUGGCUGCAGUGACUGCUGCACUUGACCGCGCAAUCACCCAAGUAGUUGCUGUCAUCAAUGGAAAGUCUUUCGCUGAACUCUGAAAUGACUCUUCACUUCAUGAUUAAUCUGGAGAUUUAUGUGAGAAAGGAUAGUGUGUUUUCAAAAAAUAUCAUGUUUAGGGUAAAACAACUAUUACUUCAAGGUAUAUGAUUAAGC